AUGGUGGAGAUGGAGGAAGCAGCAGAUCUAGAAGAGACAGCUGUGGAAUUCCAGGGGUUCUCUUUGGAAAAAGUCAAGACUCAAAAUGCUGAAGAAAACUAUGGAGAUGGACCACAGAGGCAAGAGGAAAACCCCACAGGAGAUAAUCAUAGUAAUGAGGAGGAUGAGGAACCACAUCAGGUAUUGCCUGAUGAAGUCAAGAAGGAAGUUGUGAGAAGAAAUGUCAGGAUUCAAGGCAGACUGAAGAAGAAGAAAAUCAGUCACAGGCUGAAGAAGAGGAAUAAAUCCAUUCCUUGUCAAGUUGGGGAUUUCCAAGAAGUUAUUCACCUGUUGGAGGAAUCAUUCAAGUGCUUGGAGUGUGGAAUGAACUUCUCAGAUCAAACCCAAUAUACUGUCCAUUUGGGAAUGCACAGUGGAAAGAAGACCCAUCAGUGUCUGGACUGUGGAAAGGCCGUAAUUACCAGAACAGAGUUCCUUAGACAUCUAAGAACACAUACAGGAGAGGCACCUUCUAACUGCUCAGACUGUUCUAAGAGCUUCUCAGAGAAACCAUACCUUGCUCAACGUCAAAGAAUUCCUAUAAGAGAGAAGCCUUUAAUGCUGUUCUUGAAUGGAAAAGAGAGUAAUAUGCAUCUUUCAAAGCACAGUAUAAUGAACACACACCGAUGCUUUCAGUGCGGAAAGUACUUCAGAUACAAAUCACAGUUCCUUGUACACCAAAGGACCCACAGAGUUGGGAAACCUUUUGAAUGCUCACAGUGUGGAAAGGAAUUCAAUGAGAAUUUCCUUCUUAUACAACAUCAAAAAGCCAACAGAGGGGAAACGUUUUUAGAGUGCUCAGAGUUUGGGAGGAGAUUCAGUAGGAGUGGCACUUUUGAAUGCUCACAGUGUGGGAAGAGCUUCAGUCGGAGUGACCAUCUUCAGGUGCAUCUAAGAACGCACACAGGGGAGAAGCCUUUUGAAUGCUCAGAAUGUGGGAAAAGAUUCAGUCGGAAUAGCCAUCUUCAGGUGCAUCAAAGAACACACACAGGGGAGAAGCCUUUUGAAUGCUCAGAGUGUAGGAAGAGAUUCAGUGACAGUAGCAGUCUUCAAAAACAUCUAAGAAUCCAUUCUUGGGAGAAACCUUUUGAAUGCUCAGAGUGUGGGAAGAGUUUCAGUUGGAGUAGCAAUCUUCAUCAGCAUCAAAGAAUGCACACAGGGGAGAAGCCUUUUGAAUGCUCAGAGUGUGGGAAGAGAUUCAGUCAGAGUGGCCAUCUUCAAAGUCAUCUCAGAACGCACACAGGGGAGAAGCCUUUUGAAUGCUCAAAGUGUGGGAAGAGAUUCAAUUAUAGUGGCAGUCUUCAACAGCAUCAAAGAACCCACACAGGGGAGAAGCCUUUUCAGUGCUCAGAGUGUGGGAAGAGAUUCAGUCAGAGUGGGACUCUUCAAAGUCAUCUCAGAAUUCACACAGAGAAGCCCUUUGAAUGCUCAGAGUGUGGAAAGAAAUUCAGGCAGAGUGGAGAACUUCAACACCAUCAAAGAACACACAUAGGGAAGAAGCCUUUUGAAUGCUCAGAGUGUGGAAAGAGAUUCAGUCACAGUAGCCAUCUUCAACGUCAUAUGAGAACCCACACAGGGGUGAAGCCUUUUGAAUGCUUAGAGUGUGGGAAGAGAUUCAGUCAGAGUGUCAAUCUUCAAAGUCAUCUCCGAAUCCAUACAGGGGAGAUGCCUUUUGAAUGCUCAGAGUGUGGGAAGAGAUUCAGUCACAGUAGAACUCUUCAGAGGCAUCAAAGAACCCACGCGGGGGAGAAGCAAAGAAUCCACAUGGUGGAAAAGCCUUUUGAAUGCUCAGAGUGCGGAAAGAGAUUCAGUCGGAGUGGCCAUCUUCAACAGCAUCAAAUAACCCACACAGGGGAGAAGCCUUUUGAAUGCUCAGAGUGUGGGAAGAGAUUCAGUCGGAGUGACCAUCUUCAACAGCAUCAAAUAACCCACACAGGGGAGAAGCCUUUUGAAUGCUCAGAGUGUGGGAAGAGUUUCAGUCGGACUGGCAGUCUUCAACAGCAUCAAAGAACGCACACAGGGGAGAAGCCUUUUGAAUGCUCAGAGUGUGGGAAGAGAUUCAGUCACAGUAUAACUCUUCAACAGCAUCAAAGAACCCACAUGGGGGAGAAGGCUUUUGAAUGCUCAGAGUGCGGGAAGAGAUUCAGUCACAGUAUAGCUCUUCAACAGCAUCAAAAAACCCACACGGGGGAGAAGCCUUUUGAAUGCUCAGAGUGUGGGAAGAGAUUCAGUCGUAGUGGCAGUCUUCAACAGCAUCGAAUAACCCACACAGGGGAAAAGCCUUUUGAAUGCUCUGAGUGUGGGAAGAGAUUCAAGCACAGUGGCAGUCUUCAACAGCAUCGAAGAACCCACACAGAGGAGAAGCCUUUUCCGUGCUCAGAGUGUGGGAAGAGAUUUAGUCGGAGUGGGACUCUUCAAAGUCAUCUCAGAACCCACACAGGGGAGAAGCCUUUUGCAUGCUCAGAGUGUAGGAAGAGAUUCACUAACAGUAGCAGUCUUCAAAAACAUCUAAGCAUUCAUUUAGGGGAGAAGCCUUUUGAAUGCUCAGAGUGUGGGAAGAGAUUCAGUCACAGUAGCAGUCUUCAACAGCAUCAGAGAACCCACACUGGGGAGAAGCCUUUUGAAUGCUCAGAGUGUGGGAAGAGAUUCAGUUGGAAUGGCAGUCUUCAAAAACAUCUAAGAAUCCAUUCAGGGGAGAAACCUUUUGAAUGCUCAGAGUGUGGGAAGAGAUUCAGUCGGAGUGGGACUCUUCAAAGUCAUCUCAGAACCCACACAGGGGAGAAGCCUUUUGAAUGCUCAGAGUGUGGGAAGAGAUUCAGUUGGAAUGGCAGUCUUCAAAAACAUCUAAGAAUUCAUUCAGGGGAGAAGCCUUUUGAAUGCUCAGAGUGUAGGAAGAGAUUCAGUCACAGUAGCACUCUUCAACAGCAUCAAAGAACCCACAGAGGGGAGAAGCCUUCUGAAUGCUUAAAGCAGGAGUGUUGA